AUGUAUCAUGCUGCGGUCACUGAGUUUUUCAACCGGCGUGGUGAACAAGAUCGGUUUCAGCUGUCGUCGUUUAGGGAGUUGCUGCACGCAACAUUGGUGGUAUGGAUGACAUUGCACGCUGCACUAAACUUGAAUCAACGCAGAAAGAGAGGCAGUGAAGGAAAAAUCAAAUGUGACCUCAUUGCAAUGUGGCAGAACAUACACGAGGCUCUUUGUCAAGCGAAAGAAAACCUUGCUCCUUUUGGAGGAAUUAAUAUUGUGUUUGCUGGCGACUUCGCCCAACUGCCACCUGUUGGUCAACGGGGCCUUCACUGCAAAGUGAACACGUAUACGGCGACCACGACUAAGGGACAAAAAGCUAUGUUUGGCAAAUUGCUGUGGUUAUCCAUUAGUACAAUUGUCUUACUGAAGAUCGUGAUGCGACAAACAGGGGAUCACAACGCAUGCUUUGUGGAGGUUCUUGGCCGUUUGCAUACUGUGAGACCUACUUGGCAUCUUGGCGAAUGGCUCGACGCCUGUCAUCACAUCCACAAAUGA